CUCUUCUGAGUGUAUUUAAAAUUUAAAACUGCACUCCGUGAGCGUUCACUACUCAAAGUUCUGCUUCACUGAAUCCGUCUCUCAUCAUGCAUCUGCUGCAAAACAUCCUGUUCCUGCUGGGCAUCGGUCUAGUUCAGAGCCGUGCCAUAAAGGUGCUGGUUGAUGUGAACACUGAGGAUGUGACUAAUGACAUCAAUGACCCUGAUUAUUUCUCUGUAUCUACUAUAAUUGAAAAUGCCAACAAGCACGCUGAUGACAUCAAUGACCCUGAUUAUUUCUCCGUAUCUUCUAUAAUUGAAAGAGCCAACAAGAAUGCUGGAUACCUGAAGGAUGGUAUGAUCAUUACACAUGGUGACAUAGCGGUGUACCCUGGGCUCAAGAAUGCAGAUCCAUGUACUUCUCGCCAGUGCAAGUGGCCCAGAGCCAGUGAUGGGAAGGUUAAAGUACCCUUUGUCAUUUCCGGGCAGUAUGCAACCUCUGAAAGAAACAUUAUCGAGCGUGCCCUGAACUCCUUCAGAAAUUCAACCUGUAUCCAAUUCGUACCUCGGUGCAAUGAAGAAAACUUCAUUGAAAUACUCUCAGACCAGGGGUGCUACUCUUUUGUGGGUCGCAGGGGUGGAAGGCAGGUUGUUUCCAUACAACGCAAUGGCUGUGUUUUCCAUCAUACCAUUCAGCAUGAGCUUCUGCAUGCCCUGGGCUUUAAUCAUGAGCAGACUCGUAGUGACCGUGAUGAUCAUGUCAGAAUCCUCUUACAGAAUGUUAUUAAUGGAAAAGAGCACAAUUUUGAUAAAAUUAACACCAACAAUUUGAACACGCCAUAUGACUACAAUUCUGUCAUGCACUAUUCAAGGUUUGCUUUCUCCAAGAACAGGCAGCCGACCAUCAUCCCUAUUCCGGACAAUAAUGCUCCCAUUGGACGUGCCACUGAAAUGAGCCGCAAUGACAUUCUACGUAUUAACAGACUGUAUUGCAGUUAAAUAUGUCACUCUUUACAUCACCAGUGUAUUUCAAAUGCUUUUGAAUCAUUUUUAAAUCUGUAUGCAAAGUUUGAAAUGAUUCUGCUGAUGGGUUUUUCCCUUCAAAUAUCAGAUGUGCCAAAACAGCCACCUGGGCACAUUUUGAUAAGAGUUUAUUGCAACUUUUUAUUGACAGUUUCUCUGUUCAGCUAUUGCACACCUCUUUUUGCUUCUCUUCCAUCAGAUUUUUACAAUUUUUAACAUUUCUUCUACUAAAUUUACUAAUCAUGUAGUAUUUUUUGCUAUACAUGUAGUAUACAUUUAUUAUACAUGCUAUAUAUCACUUGCAAGAAUAAAAAUCAUACACAGAUCAAGAAACAAUCAUUUGUUUUUAGUCACUUAUGUUACAAAUAUACUAAUAUCAGAGCCUAUCGGCAUUAUACGCUCAUUACGCAAGUUUCGUAGGGCCCCGCAAAUUACGCAAGGCCCGAACCUCCCCCUGCCUCAAUUUACAGUGUGUGUUAAUGUUUACUGGGUAGAUGACAAUAUCACGCAGAGCUUUCCAUCUGGCCAUGAAAAGAGAAAAAAGAAACAAAAUGAGAGUGAAAUCCGAGAACAACAGUGUUCUCUUUAAGUUUGAAGUCAGCAAGAGCAAAUAACAGUAAAGUUAAGUUGAUGUGAUUCUGUUUCUAGUCUCUAUCUGACUAGCUAAAUUAGCUUUCUAGUGCUGCCAGUGCAAGUGUGAAUGUGUGGCUAAUAGUGCUGCACGAUUAAUGAUAUCAAUCAAUCGCGAUAUCGAGCCUGUGCGAUUAUAUGACGCAAAAUGCUGCGAUUUUAUGAAAUAAAUAAUAAAUAAAUGCAUGUGUGGACAUGA